AUCAGAUGCUGAUAAUACCAUGCAUCAGUAUUUUAAAGCAAUAUUUGGGCUUUGAAGAAUUGUAUCCCCGCUCUAACUUGCCAAGAAAAGCCUAUUACUAACUGCAACGAUAAAGCUGAGGACGGAUUCGAUGUGGGGUCAAGGGUCGUACAACCUUUGAACCUUGUUUUGAUCAAUCGCAAAGUGUCAGGGUAUAUCGAGGGUAUUCCCCUACUUUCUUCUACGUUGGCGGCACAUGUAAGAUAUUUUAUCAGAAUCAUUCAAUCAAUCAAUUUUAUUUGGUCACUCUGAUAUAAAUAAAAAACAAAACAACAACAAAUUAAAUCAAACAAUCUCAUUUCUUUCUUUAUUCUAGGAUAUCAUAUUAUUCAAUUAUAUUAUUGUUUUUAUUUUAUUAUCAGCACUAAAUCGAACAAUCCUAACCCUUUCUUUCAUCACAGGAUACCAUAUUUCAUUAUUAUUUUAUUUCAAUUUGGAAAUUCCAUGACAUGGCAAAAUGAUACUCUUUAUAAUUUAUUGUUCUCUAUUUCAAUAUACUUUAAUACCUUUGAAUUGUCUGGCUGAAAUGCGGUCAUGAUAGGUUUUAUGGAAAUGCAAGCUGAAUAUCCUUUUUUGGAAUCCUGAUCUUUUUUAGCGGUAUUCAGAACUAUAAAAUACAAAGUACCUUGAAAAAGCGUAUAACUUGACAGAACUUAUUACAUUGCAUUACCCCAAGCCUGGAUAGAACGCAUUUUUGCUAGAUUAGCAUACCAUAUAUGCACAUUCUCCUAUAAACCUGACUAUUUCUCCCAUUUAUAGUAUGUGGUAUCAUUAUUCGAGGGUGCUAUAUGUCCAAAUUUUAUUUUUAUGUAUAUAUAUUAUGUAUUAUAUUUCAUGUUGUAUUGUCUCUAUUUAUUGAUGUUGUCUUGUCCUACCAACUCCUUUGUACAAACAGUUGGGCAUACUCCACCGUUACCCAUGUUGCCUAAUCCACCCUCCUCGCACAACUAUCUGUAUGAAGGACCAUAUUAUACUUAUUCGAUUUAUUGCAUUUUAUGCUUAUCAUAAGGGGUGUAUGCCGCGCUUUCAUGUGUUUUAGGCCAGUAUGGUCUUGUGUAUACAACCCGUCUUCAAUGUUGAUAUUUACUAACUCCUGUGUUUUUGCUUUUACGAGACGAAUAAAUAUACAUACAUACAAAGGGCAAGCAAAAUACGGAAGACCUGGAGGACAGGCAUAACUUAAUAUUAAAGUUAAAUACGUUAAGUACGUGCCCGUCCCACCAAAACAGAGUGUCUAAACAAGAUGAAUAACAAAUAUAAAAAAAAACUCUACUAAGAGUGUCGUAUUGUUAAUAAGAAAUCUUGAUUAUUUUGACGUUUCACUAACUCAUUCCACACAUAAAGUGACGCAAACAAACCAAGACGAUAUGAAUGCUGAAAUAGACUAUUUCCAUACCCAGUAGCCUACGCCUAUAGACAUACCGGCACGGUACCGGCAGACCAGUAUGACUCGUCACCUUUAUUGAAGUCUAUAGCCGGAAUUAUUGUUCUUUCAGGUUUGAGUGGGCGUACUAUGUUAACCCUUGGAGGUAUUAAAUUCCUUUGAAGUAAAGGCAAAAAUUUAAGGAAUUAAUAUGAAAAUAUGAGAUCUUCCGAUAACUCUUCUUCAGAAAUUCCUGUUAUCAAAGAUUCCACAAUUGCUGACAUGGAAGAACAAAGGAAGCGAGCUGCAAUACGAUUUCUAACAAACAUUCCAAUGGAUUUGAAGUCUUUUUAUCAAAUGCAUAAAGAGAGGAUGUUGGAAAAAAGUGACAAUUCAAUGGGACCUAAGCAACUAACCUGGCCCAAAAAUACCAGCUCUGAGAAGGGUGUAUUUCAAGAAGGUGAAGGUCCGGUCAACAAUGCAAAAAGUAUGCCACCGUGGCCUCAGAAAAUAAAUCAAAAAUCUGCUUUCAGAAUCAAGCAUUUGAAAGCUAAAGUAUUGCUUCAGAAAAGAAUCUUUAUUGUGGACAAGGCAGGCAAUGUCCCACUUUUAGCAUACAGUGUUCUACCAUACAAAAAAGAAGGAAGAGCUAUUAUCAGCAAUGCUGUAGAACAUGGGAGGGAGACGGCGUUCUAAAAGAACGUCUGGAAGUCGACCCGAUGUCGGUAAUGAGUGGUGAUUUAUUAUAUGAAGCAAACGCUUAGCAUAGAUGGCAUACAAUUGCCUGGAAAAGAGAA